AUGAUACGAAAGUGUUCUUCUGGUUUAUUGAGACUUUUAUCACAUGCUAGAAAGUCUUUUGAAGCUUAUGACGUACCAGAAUCGAUCAACCGGCAUUGUAGUACAAGCUCUAAGGAUCUGUUCACACUCCAACUAAAAAAGUUUGAGAAUGAAAAGGUUUCCGAAGCUGUUUCCAGUUUGGAAUUGUUCUUUGCACACGUCCUUGGAAAGGAUAAACUUAGUGAUGUUCGUUCCGAAAUAAAAAAUGAACUUAAAUUAAAUUCCGAUCAAAUUGAAAUGAUUGAGUCUAUGUGCGAUUGUCGAUUGAGUAAAAUGCCAACUCAAUAUAUACUAAAAGAAUGGGAUUUCAAUGAUCUCAGACUAAAAAUGAAGAUCCCAGUCUUUAUUCCUAGACCAGAGACUGAGGAACUUGUGAAUAUUAUAACACAAGAAUUAGAUUCAUCCAAGGAAUAUAAGAUCUUGGAAGUUGGUUGUGGAACUGGAUGUAUCAGUUUAUCACUUUUAAGAUUCAUGCCUAAUGUAAAACAAAUAAUUGCAAUUGAUCAAAGCAAGACAGCGUGUGAACUUACAAAGGAAAACUCCCUAAAUCUUGAACUUUCAAACCGAUUGAAAGUCUUCAAUUAUAAACUAAAAGACGAUUCGCUUCCAGAGGAAAUUUCUCAAAAUGGGCCUUUUGAUGUUAUUGUCUCAAAUCCUCCAUACGUACCUUCUAAAGAUCUUUUAAGAUUAGCUCCAGAAAUAUUCUUGUAUGAAGAUAUCAGAGCUUUGGAUGGUGGACCUGAAGGCUUGAAUAUCAUUCAACUUUUGUUAGAAAUUUCUUCAAAAUAUCUAAGCAAAAAUGGAAAUUUGUGGAUGGAAGUUGAUCAUCGGCACCCUGAAAUAAUUGAAAAAUUAGUAGAAAACAAUCGUGACGAAUGGAAUCUUAAGUUCAUUGCAAGUCGCAAAGAUUUAUUCAAGAAAGAAAGAUUUGUUAAUAUAAAAAAAUUAUAA